CAAGCAGUCUGACAGUUUUGUCAGAGACUUUUUGUUCCUCCAGUUAUUUCUUUUAUAUAGUAUCAUGCCUCCAAAGCAUAAAACCGACCAGACUAAGGAGGUCGAGGAGAAGCGCCAGCGCAUUGAUGAAUUGGAAAGUGACAAGGAAUCCUCAAACAGUGGCUUCUCAUUCCAACCGAGCAUGAUGGAAAACCUAAAAACCAGGGAGGCCGAGGAGGUUACCCGCCGUUUAAAACCAGAUAAGGAGACAGCAUCUACUUCGGGUCUGGUGGAGAAGCCUGCCAUAGUGGACAAAGAUCCCAAUACAAGUGAGGAUGGGACCUCUGGAAUUAUGAACCAAGCCAUAAAUAAAAAAGACAAACUUAUGAUAACGAUUCUAGUGAUUAUAAUGAURAUGAGGAUGAUGAUGAKUCAUCUGAUGAUGAUUCCACUCUAUCAACUCCAAGGAAGAAAACCAAAAAGAAACCACAAAAAGGGCAAGGAAAGUUUAAACCAACAAGAUGUGGAWAGGGUCAGAUGUUAGAAUAUCUUGCCCAGAAACAUCAUGACAACUUCAAAUUAAAGGAAAAGAAGUUGGAGCUGGAAGAAAGAAGGAUGGCUUUAGAAGAGAAGAAACUUKAAGUUGAACAAAUGAAAUGGAACACAUUAAAACACAAAUAAAUAAUUUAACUUCUUCUUGUAAUACAGUAAAGUAAUUACAAAGUCAUUGUUCUGUUUUCUUCUUACAGUAGCACACUUGAACCAUGAACACCAUGAAACAAAAUAAAAAGUAGCUCAUGUCUAUUAGUCAGAAUUUACCGACUAAUAGUCUAUGUCAAUGAACUGGAACAGCAUGCAUUAUGUUUCAUUGCAUUCUUAUUGACAUAUGCACACUGUCUUGGUCAGUAAGAGGCUAUGCAUGUAUUUUUAAUACUAUAAUUUGCUUUCAAUGGUUAUAUUUCAUGGUACAACUACCUACUUUAGCUGAGGUUUGCAUGAUUUACAUAUU